GAGGAAAGGCUGUCUCCACCCACCUCUCGCACUCUCCCUUCUCCUUUAUAAAGGCCGGAACAGCUGAAAGGGUGGCAACUUCUCCUCCUGCAGCCGGGAGCGGCCUGCCUCCUUGCGCGCCCGCAGCCUCCCCCGCUACCUCCCCCAGGGCUCCCCUCCGGCCGCCAGCGCCCAUUUUUCAUCCCCGAGAUAGAGAUAUUUUGCGCACACACACAUACACACACGCGCAAAAAGGAAAAAAAAAAAAAGCCCACCCUCCAGCCUCGUUGCAAAGAGAAAGCCGGAGCAGCCGCAGCUCGCAGCCCGCAGAGGACGCCCAGAGCGGCAAGCCGGCCGGCAGACGGACCAACGGACUCACGCCGCCUCCACCUGUCGGCCGGGCCCAGCCCAGAGCGCAGCGGGCACGCCGCGCGCGCGGACCAGCCGUGCCCGCCGCCCGGGCCCCGCGCCAGGGCGCACACGCUCCCGCCCCCCCACCGGCCCGGGCGGGAGUUUGCACCUCUCCCUGCCCGGGUGCUCGGGCCGCUGCUGCAAAGCCAACUUUGGAAAAAGUUUUUUGGGGGAGACUUGAGCCUUGAGGUGCCCAGCCCUGCGCUUUGCGAUUUGGGGGGCCUUUCCAGAAAAUGUUGCAAAAAAGCUAAGCCGGCGGGCAGAGGAAAACGCCUUUAGCCGGCGAGUGAAGACGAAACAUCGACUGCCGUGUUCCUUUUCCUCUUGGAGGUUGGAGUCCCCUGGGCGCCCCCACACGGCUAGACGCCUCGGCUGGUUCGCGACGCAGCCCCCCGGCCGUGGAUGCUCACUCGGGCUCGGGAUCCGCCCAGGUAGCGGCCUCGGACCCUGGUCCCCGCGCCCAGGUCCUCCCCAGCCCCCCAGCGACGGAGCCGGGGCCGGGGGCGGCGGCGCCCGGGGGCCAUGCGGGUGAGCCGCGGCUGCAGCGGCCUGAGCGCCUGAUCGCUGCGGACCCGAGCCGAGCCCACUCCCCUCCCCAGCCUCCCACCCUGGCCGCGGGGGCGGCGCGCUCGGUCUAUACGUCCGGGGCCCCGUGGGGCCGGGCCCGGAGUCGGCAUGAAUCGCUGCUGGGCGCUCUUCCUGUCUCUCUGCUGCUACCUGCGUCUGGUCAGCGCCGAGGGGGACCCCAUUCCUGAGGAGCUCUAUGAGAUGCUGAGUGACCACUCUAUCCGCUCCUUCGAUGACCUCCAGCGCCUGCUGCAUGGAGACUCCGUAGAUGAAGAUGGGGCCGAGUUGGACCUGAACAUGACCCGGUCCCAUCCCGGAGGCGAGCCAGAGAGCUUGGCCCGUGGGAGAAGGAGCCUGGGUUCCCUGACCGUCGCCGAGCCGGCCAUGAUCGCCGAGUGCAAGACCCGCACUGAGGUGUUCGAGAUCUCCCGGCGCCUCGUAGACCGCACCAACGCCAACUUCCUGGUGUGGCCGCCCUGCGUGGAGGUGCAGCGCUGCUCCGGCUGCUGCAACAACCGCAACGUGCAGUGCCGCGCCACCCAGGUGCAGCUGCGGCCUGUCCAGGUGAGAAAGAUCGAGAUUGUGCGGAAGAAGCCAAUCUUUAAGAAGGCCACGGUGACACUGGAGGACCACCUGGCAUGCAAGUGCGAGACAGUGAUGGCUGCACGGCCUGUGACCCGAAGCCCGGGGCAGGAGCAGCGAGCCAAGACGCCCCAAACGCGGGUAACCAUUCGAACAGUGCGAGUCCGCCGGCCCCCCAAGGGGAAGCACCGGAAAUUCAAGCACACGCAUGACAAGACGGCACUGAAGGAGACCCUCGGAGCCUAGGGGCAUCGGCAGAAGAGUGUGGGCAGGGUUAUUUAAUAUGGUAUUUGCUGUAUUGCCCCCAUGGGGUCCUUGGAGUGAUAAUAUUGUCCCCUCGUCCGUCUGUCUCGAUGCUGAUUCGGACGGCCAAUGGUGCUUCCCCUACCCCGCCGCGUGUCACCCCUCCACCUGCGGGUCUCCCCCCAGCGGCCCCCGGCAUCUUGCCCAGCAGCUCAAGAAGGAAAAGAAGGACUGAACUCCAUUGCUGUCUUCCUCCGUUGACGCCAAGAGUCUGGGAUACGAGUGCAAGAGAGACUGAUGGGGUCGCUGUUUGGGGAAAGGGGUCCCUUCCCUUGGCCUGGCCUGGGCCACACCUGAGCGCUCUGGACUGGCCCGAGGAGCCCCGCACGUGGCCCUGAGGACUUCUUGGCAUGGCCUGCCUGGUCCCUGGAGCCCUGGCCAGCUCUGAGGGGCAGCACCUCCAGGCAGGCCGGGGUACCUCGGACGCCGUGGCUAAGACCACAGACUGGAGCACAGACUGGAGAAAACCCCUCCCACAGUGCCCAGACCCUCGUCACUUCCUCUCCCUGGUCACCUCUGCUCACAGCGGCUUCUUUCCAUUUUAUGUGUAUGAAAUCUUUGAAGACACGGACUCCUCUGGGCUGGUGUGGCCAGAGUGCCAGGUGGCCGAGUGCCCUCUCAGAUGGGUUAGAGAUGAAGUUUGCUCUUGGGGUGGGCAUAGAUGGUGACCUGGGCAUCCUCUGCCUCCUGCCACCUCCCUGCUCCCUCUGCUGUACCCUGAUUCACUUCCUCCUCUGUUUCCUUUUAUCUCUCUACCUCUACCUUGUGUCUUCUUGUCCUGGCCCUUCAGUCUGCUCUACCAAGGGGCUCUUGGACCUCUUACUGGGGCCCCAAAUGACCCCAGUCACUUCUCCCUAGGGCAGAAGACCAGGGGCCAGUGCAGCAGGGGACCUGCCCAUCAUAUUCCAACUCAGCCAAGACUGCCAUGUAAGGUUAUACAGGGUGUGCACUGCACAAAGGCACUGUAUGCAGGGAGCACUGUUCACACCAUAGAUGCGGCCCGUUUGUGUAUUUAUUAUGACAGUUUCUGGCAGAUGUAGGUGAAAUGUCUGAGGAAAGGGAUCCUUUUCCUAAUUCAUACACAGGCUCCCUGUGAACAGUCUGUGCCCCUGCCCCAGCCUGUGGAUUGGAGUGGUCAGAGAGCAGUGAGUCUGUGGUGGGUGGGCAGGCAAUGCUGUUGUCCAUGGGGCCUCCAUUUCCCAGAGUCACUGCUCCAGCAGCCCCCCUCCCAGGCAGGUGUGGGAAACCCAGGAGAAUGUCUCCAAGGGAGGGGCAGCCCCGCUCGCCCCGCCCCCGCCCCGCUUGCACACUUUCUUGUCCUAGACCCACCCACCUCUGGAGGCUCCUCCCAGGAAAGCAGCUCCUGGCUGGGAGUGAGGGAGAGAAGGGAAAGGGUCCCCAGUGCCCCCAGCUGUGGGGUCUGAGCUCUCUCUUCCCUUCCCGCCUCCUGCUGCACCUUCCCCCUCCCUUCCUCCAAACUCUGCUUCCUUCAGUUUGUAAAGUCGGUGAUUAUAUUUUUGGGGGCUUUCCUUUUAUUUUUUAAAUGUAAAAUUUAUUUAUAUUCCGUAUUUAAAGUUGUAAAAAAAGAUAACCACAAAACAAACCCAGAUGAAUC